CCCAUCUCCUUACCUCUUAACUGGUCAUAACACCUACAGGCAGAUAAUGUACGCCGUGACGCUGCUCUCUCUGGCGGCCGCCGUCGUCGUGGCCCAAGAUGGCUUCUACGAGAAGUACGGUUUCACGAAGACCAUGGCCAAAUGCUUCGGGGAAGGCAUCUACUAUGACUAUUUGGCGAGAAUUGCAAUUGCCCAACGAAACUGCCUGCAACUUCCAGUCUCCAACCUUUACCGUCUAGACUUCUCCAUCUAUUCUUCGAAUGUCGGAUAUCCACGACACUAUGGAGGCGAGUCCUCAUACGUGCCUUACCCAUCUCACCACCCAGGAUACCCUCAAUAUCAAGGGGUACCGCAUGGUUACCAGCAAUUCCAGUACAGAAAGAAACGCCAAGCUCAGCUAGAGGAGGAAGAGGAAGAGAAGGAGGUACCAACUACCCAACUACCACCUGAAGAGGAAGGAGAGGAAGAUGAAUAUGAUGAUCAGACCGAGGAACCAUUCGGAUUACGGUUGUCACAGCAGGUGGUAGUGCCACAAGUGCCACCAGUACCACAAACACAAAUGCCACCAGUACCAAAAACACAAGUGCCACCCGUACCACAAACACAAAUGCCACCAGUACCAAAAACACAAGUGCCACCAGUACCACAAACGCAAGUGCCACCAGUACCAAAAACACCAGUGCCACCAGUACCACAAACACAAGUGCCACAAGUACCACCAGUGCCACAAUCACCACUGCCACAAGUACCACAGCAACGGCAAGAACCGUUUUUCGACAAAUAUUACUUGCUGGAUUCAGUCAACAAGAUCACAGCUUCCCUCAGUAACUACAGUUGCACUCUGCAUCAACUUGGAAUUAUUGACGAAUACCUGAACCUCAACGUCGACAACCUCGUCAAUCAUUAUGCUGCUCUACCCAUCAAUCAACAUUUUAAGAAUAAUCUUGUUGACGGCAUCUACUAUUGCAGAGAUAUGUCGUACUGUCUCCCACUGCACUCCCAGCGCUCUCCCCUCCCCCUCAACCUCCAGCGCCUCCUGAUGGCGAUGGAGUGCGAGAAGGAGACGAGAACCAACGCCUGCUUCAAGGAGGACCUCAGAAGGAACAUCGGAGACUUCGACCUCUCGCUCUUCCCGAGCGAGGACGACCCAAGCGCAGUUCUGAACAAACUCGCCGCCAUCGUCACUGGGGUCGAUUCUCUCAACGAGUUAGAAAUUGAUCUGAAUUCCAGUCACCAUCUGACUAAGGACAGGAGUACACGAGCCAUGCUGUGGCGCUACAUAGUGGCGUCGGUGUGUGGCGGGGAUGUGGCUUCCUAUAAGGUUUCCAUCGUUUAUAAGCUAUGUAGAGCACAGCGUAUCAACAAUGGAAACCUAUGGGAAGCCACGUGGCGCCAUAGAGUGGCUUAUGUACUCCUGGCUUUAGCUCAGACUAUUUCCAAAUAUGGACGUAGACCAGGAUUGGAUAUCGAAAUCAUGUGGCGCUCCGUUGUUCUACUUUUAUCCACGGCUGCCGUCAUCGGAACCCAGGAGGCGUUCUUUGAGAAAUACAGCUUCGGCAAAGUCAUGGCCAGCUGUCUAGGGGACGAGAUUUACUAUGGCUACUUGGCCGAGGUGGUGGCCGUGCAACAGGAGUGUCAGCAGUAUCCAGUUUCUAGCCUGCACAGAAUAGACUAUCAAACCUACUCGCAUUUCGGGUUUCCCACUAAUAUUGGGGGACAGCCUCUGUAUGUCCCGCUCCCAAAUCAUAUUCAUGUCGGACCUUCGGGACAGGUCGCGCACCCUCACUCUCACAUUCACGUAGUACAGACACGCUCAGCCGAAAAAGCAGCACUUGUAACAGAAGAGGUCCCGCAGCAACAGCAGCCAAAGCCGCUGCUACAACAUCAACAACAGGAGGAACAGCAGCAACCUGAGCCCACAUUCAGCAGAUAUUACCUCCUAGAUUCGAUCCAAAAGAUCACAGCAGCUCUGAGCAACUAUACAUGUACGCUCUACAGACUUGGCGUUAUUGACGAAUACCUCAACUUGAACAUUAGAACAGCUAUUGAGAGGUACAGGAGCAUGCCCAUAAGUGAAGGCUUAAAGAGGGACCUCACUGAUGGCAUCUCCUACUGUAAUGAUUUAACGUACUGCAUCCCCAUCGAGAAGCUCAGGUCACCUCUACCCCUCAACCUCCAACGCCUGCUGACGGCAAUGAAGUGCGAGCGGGAGACGAGGACGAGCGCCUGCUUCAAGGACGACAUCAGGAAAAACCUCGACAAGUUCGACCAGUCGAUAUUCGGCAACGAGAGCGAAGACAGCAAAUUAAACAAGCUGUCUGCCAUCGUCAUGGGAGUCGACUCCAUCAACGGACUGGAAAUAUUGUAGCUAGAGGAUGUGAUUUCUCCCGGGAAAACGCACCUCCUUGCUUAUCAAUUUCCAAAAGAAGGGACGCUAAUAUCUGCUCAUAACUCAAUGAUUAAAAAAAAAAGAAAAAAAAAACAAGAAAAAAAAAUCGUGGAAUUGGUUGACGGUACAUGGGAUUUUUUUUUCGCUGUUAAAUCAUUAUUAAUUUCUGACUGAUGAGAUCCUACUAAAGCAUUUCUUCCUUUCUCGUCGAUCCACUCGUAAAAAAGGGUUGACGGUUUGAAUGCAUUUCCUUUUAUUUUCUCUGAAAAUUACUCUCGGUGGCUGCUUAAGUAUCCUUAGUGUAACCAGACCAAUGAGCUGAUUAACAGCUCUCUCAGGGCUGGCCCGAAGGAUUAGAUAUUUUUACGUGACUAAGAACCAAUUGGUUACUUAGAAACGGGACCUACAGCUUACUGUGGGAUCCGAACCACAUUAAAUGGAGAAAUGAAUUUCUAUCGCCAGAAAUAAAUUCCUCUGAUUCCGCGUUGGCAGAGCGGGGUAUUGAAACUGGCCCCUGAGAUCGGUAGUCGAGCAUGUAACCGACUUGUCCAACGAGGAACGUGGCUGGUAUUCAACUGUUAAUUAAGGGGCUCAUUUGGGAAAAAUUGAUAAAACUGCAAAAAAGUGUCUAUUUUACAAGACUGAAACUAUGAAGCAGCACAACUCUUGCACAGAAGCUAACUUUCAAGUUUCCCUUUCUUCAAAGACUUCCGAUUUCAGCCUUGAGAGAUAACUGGAUUAUCUCCGUCAAAUACUCAACUCUAACUGUACAUAAAAAAAUAAAUUCCAUUACUUGC